AUGCUGUGCCGGCGUCUCCAGUGUCGGUUCCCACUUACCAGGACGCAUCGUGAGGCCGUCCUGUCUGUCCGCUGUGUCCGAUGUCGGGCGAACGUAUUGUCCGUCAGCCAAGCACGCCUGCUUUCCAGUUCCUCAUCCAGCUUCCCAACAUCCUCGCAAUUUAACCGGUCAGACUUUACAACCCAGCCUUUUACGGGGAGCUAUGAGACUGGAUUACCGACUACCGGCCCUCUGGGCUCCACACCCGCCUUUGGCGCCCCGCGCAUCACACCCAAGGUGCUGAAGCAGUAUCUUGACCAAUAUGUGGUGGGACAGGAUCGCGCAAAAAAGGUUCUGAGCGUGGCAGUGUAUAAUCAUUACCAGAGGGUACAGGAAAUCCAGCGUCGUGAGGAGGAAGCAGAGGAGCUCCUGGCGAAACGGCAGCGGAGAGAAGCACUUGAAAGUCAUCCCUUGGAAGGUGAAUUUCCAGGCCAGCAGCGAACUGUGGGACUUCCCUCGGCCGCCAAACCUCGUCAGAAUACUCUGUUAGACCAAGGCGAACUAGUCGAUACAUCGCCGCUACAGCUCGACAAGUCUAACAUACUACUUCUUGGGCCUUCGGGAGUCGGCAAGACGCUCAUGGCCAAAACACUUGCUCGUGUUCUGUCCGUACCAUUUAGCAUCUCAGACUGCACCCCGUUUACGCAGGCCGGAUACAUUGGAGAGGAUGCCGAAACGUGCGUCCAUCGGCUUCUGGCGGCCGCAAACUAUGACGUUGAGCAGGCGGAGCGGGGCAUCAUUGUGCUUGAUGAGGUGGACAAGAUUGCGGCGGCCAAAGUGAGCCAUGGCAAGGACGUUGGCGGCGAAGGCGUUCAACAAGCUCUCCUGAAAAUCAUCGAGGGGACCACUGUGCAAGUGCAGGCCAAGCCAGAGAAAAACCCUCGAUCGAUGAGCCCGCCAAACUCCUACCCAUCUAACAGUCCUCUGGGCAGCGCACCAUUCCAACCGCACAACAAUAAUCCAGUGACGAAGGGGGAAGUCUACAAUGUGCGCACGGACAACAUCCUGUUCGUAUUCUCGGGCGCAUUUGUCGGGCUACCCAAAGUGGUCAUGGACCGAAUUUCGCAUGGCUCAAUCGGAUUCGGCCAGCCUGUUAGGGGCUCAUCCGGCUCGAGCGGUCUACCGGGCACGUCCGCUAUCUCGCACGAUGAACUUCAGCCAAUUACCCCCGGAUCCGAAGAGGAAGCACUCUACAAAAAGCACCUCCCCUUCUUCACCUCUGCAUCUCCAGCCACUCAAGGCGGCGAGCCAACAUAUUUCAACGCCCUGGACCUCUUGACGCCAGCGGACCUGCAAACUUACGGCUUCAUCCCGGAGCUGAUUGGCAGGAUCCCCGUCACCGCCGCCCUGUCGACACUAACACAGCCCUUGCUUCUGCGCAUCCUCACCGAGCCCCGCAAUUCCCUGCUCGCACAAUACACGACCCUCUUCUCACUUUCAGGCAUCGAGCUGCGCUUUACGACGCCGGCGUUACACAGGCUCGCAUCCAAUGCCUUCAAGAUGGGCACCGGAGCGCGCGCGCUGCGCACCGAAAUGGAAACCAUCCUUAGCGACGCCAUGUUUGAAGCUCCAGGCUCCAGCGUGAAGUUUGUCCUCGUCACCGAGGCUGUGGCUGACCGCCAAGAACCGCCGAUAUACCUCGCCCGCGGCCAAGGCGGCAAAUUUCACGCGAUGAUCUCUGCGGAAGAGAGCGAGUGGGAGGAGAAGACGCGACGCGAGAAGAAGAAAGAGAAGAAGGCUAAGGCCCAGACGGAUGUGAGCGACGAGGCGCAGCAUGCAUCAAAUUUCCAAGAGUAUCGCAAGCGAGCGAAUGGGUAG